AUGUGUCGUCUGGAUCCAUUCCUGCUAGCAACAGAAGCUGCUGUGUCCAGAUCCCAAGAGUACCAACCACUGUCCAGAUCCCAAGAGUACCAACCACUGUCCAGAUACCAAGAGUACCAACCACUGUCCAGAUCCCAAGAGUACCAACCACUGUCCAGAUACCAAGAGUACCAACCACUGUCCAGAUACCAAGAGUACCAACCACUGUCCAGAUCCCAAGAGUACCAACCACUGUCCAGAUACCAAGAGUACCAACCACUGUCCAGAUACCAGAGUACCAACCACUGUCCAGAUCCCAAGAGUACCAACCACUGUCCAGAUACCAAGAGUACCAACCACUGUCCAGAUCCCAAGAGUACCAACCACUGUCCAGAUACCAAGAGUACCAACCACUGUCCAGAUCCCAAGAGUACCAACCACUGUCCAGAUCCCAAGAGUACCAACCACUGUCCAGAUCCCAAGAGUACCAACCACUAUCCAAAUCCCAAGAGUACCAACCACUGUCCAGAUACCAAGAGUACCAACCACUGUCCAGAUACCAAGAGUACCAACCACUGUCCAUAUCCCAAGAGUACCAACCACUGUCCAGAUACCAAGAGUACCAACCACUGUCCAGAUACCAAGAGUACCAACCACUGUCCAUAUCCCAAGAGUACCAACCACUGUCCAGAUCCCAAGAGUACCAACCACUAUCCAAAUCCCAAGAGUACCAACCACUGUCCAGAUACCAAGAGUACCAACCACUAUCCAAAUCCCAAGAGUACCAACCACUGUCCAGAUACCAAGAGUACCAACCACUGUCCAGAUACCAAGAGUACCAACCACUAUCCAAAUCCCAAGAGUACCAACCACUGUCCAGAUACCAAGAGUACCAACCACUGUCCAGAUACCAAGAGUACCAACCACUGUCCAUAUCCCAAGAGUACCAACCAGUAUUUGUUCAUAUGUAACAUAGUUGGCAAAAAGCUUGGCUACAAAGCUGGAAAUUUCGAGCACAGAGACCAAACAUAA